CAUGUGUGUGUAGUGGAGACCACUGUAACAGCAUCAACACACACCACCCUCACCUCCACUCCCGAGAUGCCGUCGCCAGGCGUGUUUCCCCGGACAGAGCGGAAUUAAGGACACAUUUUCGGCCUGCUGGACCGCGGACACCUGAGACGCUCACGCAGGAGAAGAGGAAGAUGCCAGUGACGGUGUGGUCGAUUUCCAGUGUUACAAAAGGUUUAGAGUGAGAUUUGACUGUGGAUUUGACUGGUGAAUCAGCAUUUGCGCAGGAUGGCUGCAACUACGCCCACAUCAGCCCCGCCUCCCAAAAAGAGCAGAGGAAAACAGGAAAUAGAAACUCUACAGGCAGCCAAUGAAGAACUGAGGAGCCGAUUGAGUGACUUGCAAAAUGAACUGCAACAGGAAAGAGGCAAGGUGGGCAAAUUACGGGAACGUUUGCAAGAGUUACGGGCCCAACGAGAGACUGAGCAGCACAAGCACUCGGUCGCUCUCACUGAACUCCGCGUCAAGCUCCAUGAGGAGAAGCAGCGAGAGGUGGCAGCCACACGAGAGAGCCUGUCUCGGCAACACGAGACCGAGCUGGCCCGGGCGGCAAGACUCCGCGAGACAGAACUGUCCCGGCUUCAGGCGCUGGUGUGUAUUUUACGGGACGGAGCCAGCAGCGAGCUACGCAAUGCCCUGAAGGAGGAGGCACGAGAGGAGGCCCGCAGGAGCUACGAGGCAGAGAAACUCAGGCUCACGCAGGAGCUGCAGGAGGCGAAGACGUUGCGGCGGCAGGCAGAGGAGGCGCUGUCCAAUGCUGUGCAGGCCGACAGAGCCAAAGCUGCCGAUCUCAGGGUGGCCCAUCAAGCUCAUCAGGAAGAGAUUCAUAGAAUCAAACGCGAGAGCGAGAGAGAAAUCCGGAGACUGAUGGACGAGUUGAAGAGCAGAGAUCGUGUGGUGCAGUCACUGGAAAAAGAGCUGGGUGUGCAGGCGGGACAGACACAGCGUCUACUGCUGCAGAAGGAGGAAUCAGAGCGGCAUUAUGGGAGUCCGAAGAGAGAGGUGGCGCCAUUCCUCGGGGAAAACACAGACUCCGUCAAUAACCAGGACGCGGAUGAGAGGGAUGUACGGAGGUUUCAGCUGAAGAUCGCUGAGCUGCAGGCAGUCAUCAGGAAACUAGAGGACAGAAACACCCUGCUGUCAGAUGAGAGAAAUGAACUGCUGAAACGAGUGCGAGAAACAGAUGCAGAGAUAAAGCCUCUUAUGGAGAAGAAUAAACGGCUGAAUAAAAAGAAUGAAGAGCUGCAGCAGACUCUACAGCGCAUGGAGGACAAACUGAAGACACUCAGUAGAGAGAACGCAGAACAGCAGGAGAAGAGGAAGAUGCCAGUGACGGUGUGGUCGAUUUCCAGUGUUACAAAAGGUUUAGAGUGA